GUUUACAGCCUCAUAUCCGAGAACUGACUCAAGUACACAACACUUUCACGACAUCGUCCACAUCAGCAACGUAACUGGCUGGAAUGAUCGCCCAUCCCAGAAGCAUAAUUUACUCGGGCAAAAUAUUUAUACAGAGGCGGACCGAAAUCACUUACAACACGUCCAUUCACGAAACCGAGUGGAAACAACUCGCCAAACGCACCGCGCGCUCUUCUUAUCGGUCCAAAUACUUGUGAGGAAAGUCGCCGCUUUCUUCAGACAUCUGUGUAAAGAAGCCUACUUAACAGCACCAUGAACUUUUUUGCUGUCCUUCAAGUUGUGAUACUUAUUUCGGUUUGUGAAAUACUUGGGAAACACCAAACGAUCGCUGGCAUGUGCUGGCUGCAGCAGGGUCCAGAGCACCGUUGUGACAUGGUCCUCAUGAGAGGUGUGAGCAGGGAGGAGUGUUGCUCCACCGGACGUCUGGACACCGCAUGGUCCAAUACCAGUCUGCCCAUCAAUGAAGUCAGCCUGCUGGGAUUCCUGGGUAUCGUUUCCUGCAAGCCGUGCAAAGAGAACUGCGACGGGGUGGACUGCGGCUCUGGAAAGGUGUGCAGGAUGAAGGCCGGACGUCCACAGUGCGUGUGCGCUCCGGAUUGUUCCAACAUCUCCGCUAAACACUCUGUAUGUGGGAGCGAUGGGAACUCGUAUAAAGACGAGUGCGCUCUUCUGAUGGCUCGUUGCAGAGGUCACCCUGACUUGGAAGUUAUGUACCAGGGGGAAUGCAAGAAGUCCUGUUUAAAGGUUGUAUGUCCUGGUACGCAAUCCUGUGUGACGGACCAGACCAACAGUGCCCACUGUGUCAUGUGUCGCACCGCGCCCUGCCCGAUGCCCAUGAUCACCAACCAAAGCAUCUGCGGCAAUGACAACAUUACUUACGCCAGCGCCUGCCACCUGCGUCGGGCUACUUGCUUUCUGGGUCGCUCCAUAGGGGUCCGCCACUAUGGACACUGCAGAAGUAAUGAAGAAAGUGAGGAGAAUUCACUGUACUGAGGAUGCCAGCUUUCCUGCUUUAUGUACAUAUUAUGACGGCACAUUUGACAUGAGAGAGACCCUGUUUGAAACCAUAUAGUUUAACAACAGGAUCCUCUGUUAAAAAAACACUACUUCAAUUUUAACGCAUGCAAUACAUAUUUAAAGGGAAAUGUGCCUUUGCUUCACCCGGACUGAUCAACUGACAAUGUGCAUAUUGUAAAUAUACUACAUGCUACUAUUUAUUGGAGAAAAGUAAUAAAGUCAGUGUUAUUUAUGUUUUAACACGUUUGAGACACCAUAUAUUAUUAAGGCGUAUAUUGUGUGUUUUCUAUAAUGCAUCACACUUCAGCUAGUUUUAGGAUAAAGAAAGCUUACAAUGUAUACAGUACCAAUUUUGUGUUUAAUGGGAGUGUCUAGGCAAAGAUAAACAAAUAUGAGUUAUUUGCUUUCUGAAAAGAGCUAUGUGGCAAAAUGAAGGACGUUAACACUGUUCUAUUCUAUGAAAGUGAAUGGUGACCAGGGACUAUGAACCUGGGAAUAAGUUUUUACGACUCGUAUAUUAUAGUUAAAGAUGCAAAUUACUUAAAACUGAUAGCUGUGAUCACCUUAGAUUUUCAUUACGUUACAGUAUGUAUUAUAUGCAUUGAAUGUAUUUAUAUUAUAAUGGAAAUUCUCCUAUAAAAAAAUCCCUUCCAGUUGCACAGAAAAUCAAAGACAAACAAGUUUGAUAAUAUGGUAAAUAAACAAUGACAUCAUUGUUAUUUUUGGGUGAACUUUCCCUUUUAAGGCAAGGCAGCAAGGAUAACAACAUUAUUUCUUCACUUAGACACAGUUCUUGUUAAAGGUACAGUUUUCUCAAAAAUCAAAUUCUGUCAUCACCAUAAAAAAUAUCUUCGUAUCACUUAGUUUUUUCUGUUUAACACACAAGACGAUAUUUUAAAGAAUGUAGGAAAACAAACAGUUCUGGGGCACUUUUGAUUACCAUUGUAAUACUUACUAUAGUCAAUGGUGGCUUAGAACUGUUUGGUUACAUUCUUCAAAAUCUCUCUCUGUGUUCAUCAGAACAAAGAAAUUUAUACAGAUCUUGAACAACUCGAGGGUGCGUGAAUGAUGACAGAAUAAAAUUUGGGGUGAACUGUCCCUUUAAACUUCGAAAUGAGUCAUACAUUAAAUCAAAAUCCGACUCAAAUACCUUAGAUUCCACUUGAACAGUCCAGGUACGCCUUUAACGAAAUGUGGCUCUCCUCUCCUCCUAAUUCUUAUACAGACAUGGGAGACUGUUUACUCAGUGAGAUAAAGUUUUGUGCGUGUGCUGGUUGUAUUCGCAAGGAUUACUCAGCCAAAACAGCAACGCUUCCAGGCCUUGCGCUGAAGUGCACGCUACACUGGCACGAAGACAAAACUCAGCCACCCACCAAGCAAUGAAAUUACCAGCUACAGUCUAAUGGCAAUGGUUUUUACGAGGGCGCUGGGACAGUCCAAAAAUGUACAGUACAUUCUACAGUGUUAAUUUUUUUUUUCACAUUGUAGGGUUCACUUUGUGUGUCUAUGCUAGUUUUCAGGUCACUUGACCUUGUUGUGUAGUUUACUGGUGGUAAAGACAAAUUGAACAACUAGACGUUGUAAAAAGUCAGUUAUUUGAUGUUUUGGUAAUUCCCAGUAAAUGGUUGGGUGUUCUGUGAAUACAAGAUUUAAACUUUGUGUAACCUUGUAUAUGAUAUUUUAACCUUCCUGUAUAUAGACUUUUGCAGUAUCAGUGUAUAUACUGUAAAAAUAUCAACACAGCAGGAGAUUUUUGUAUUGUUAACUUACAUAUUUUAAAUUAAAAAACUACGUUUAA